AUUUUGAGUGGCAUUAAGAAGAAUGUUCUUAGUACCCUUAUGGCACAAGAAACAGUGUUCGGUUGGAUACUGACUGGUCGUGCUGAUGCAGUCAACCCAACCAACAAUAAUAGAGUAUCGUUCUUCAAUGAAGUGGCCCUAGACAAACAGCUAAGCUCUUUUUGGGAACUUGAGGAUCUUCCACGAGAUAAAACUGCAACAGCUGAGGAAGCAAAGUGCGAGGAGCUUUACAAGCGUACAACACAGCGGAAUCCAGAUGGGAGGUACAUCGUGUCGCUUCCUUUCAAGGCGGAGUUCCCGGCUGAUAUAAACUUAGGGCCAUCACUCAAAAUCGCGUUUUCUCAAUUUUACAAGAACGAAACUCGACUUAGAAAAAAUCCAGACUUACAGAGGGAAUAUAACAAAGUCAUAAUGGAAUACGAGACAAUGGGCCAUAUGUCUAAAGUUAAUGCAAUUCAGUCAGCAGAUGCAGUCGACAGUUACUAUUUACCACAUCACGCUGUGGUAAAAGAAGAGAGUACUACGACAAAGGUUCGGUAGGUUUUCAAUGCUUCGUCGUCUUCAACCAAUGGUGUCAGCCUGAACGAUAUUCUUCUCCCAGGGUCAGUGCUUCAGUCUGAUUUACCAGUGUUGAUUCUCCGCUGGAGACUUUUUAGAUACGUCUUCAAUAGCGAUAUUGAGAAGAUGUAUAGGCAAAUUCUUGUAGACGCCAACCAAACGAAGUACCAACGAAUAAUUUUCCGUACGUGUCCAAACGAACCAAUUAGUAUUUACGAACU